GCCGGCCUCCGCGUCCCGGAAUCCAAGAUGGCGGGAUCCAGACGAAGGGGUCUCCAGGCGGGAGCUCGGCCGCUUUUCUGCGCCCUGCUGCUGUCGCUGAGUCGUUUCGUGGGGGGCGAGGGCGCGGGAGGCGAUCCCGCUGCCACUGGCGCCGCGGGCACCCCAGCCGCGCUGCCACAUCGCCGUUUCGAGUACAAAUACAGCUUCAAGGGGCCGCACCUGGUGCAGAGCGACGGGACCGUGCCUUUCUGGGUCCACGCGGGGAAUGCUAUUCCAAGUUCAGAUCAAAUUCGAAUAGCACCAUCUUUAAAAAGCCAAAGAGGGUCAGUGUGGACAAAGACAAAAGCAGCUUUUGAGAACUGGGAAGUUGAGGUGACAUUUAGAGUGACUGGAAGAGGUCGAAUUGGAGCUGAUGGCUUAGCAAUUUGGUAUACGGAAAAUCAAGGCGUGGAGGGCCCUGUGUUUGGAUCAGCUGAUUUGUGGAACGGUGUUGGAAUAUUUUUUGAUUCUUUUGACAAUGAUGGAAAGAAAAAUAAUCCUGCUAUAGUAAUUAUAGGCAACAAUGGACAAAUCCAUUAUGACCAUCAAAAUGAUGGUGUUAAUCAGGCUUUAGCAAGUUGCCAGAGGGACUUUCGUAAUAAACCGUAUCCUAUCCGGGCAAAGAUUAUAUAUUACCAGAAAACAUUGACAGUAAUGAUCAAUAAUGGCUUCACACCAGAUCAAAAUGAUUUUGAAUUUUGUGCCAAAGUGGAAAAUAUGAUUAUCCCCACACAAGGGCAUUUUGGAAUAUCUGCUGCAACUGGAGGUCUUGCAGAUGACCAUGAUGUCCUUUCUUUUCUGACUUUCCAAUUGACUGAGCCUGGAAAAGAGCUACCUACACCAGAUAAAGAAAUAUCAGAAAAAGAAAAGGAAAAGUAUCAGGAGGAAUUUGAGCACUUUCAACAAGAAUUGGAUAAAAAAAAAGAGGAAUUCCAGAAGGGUCACCCUGACCUUCAAGGGCAGCCUGCGGAUGAAAUAUUUGAGAGUGUGGGAGAUCGUGAGCUAAGACAAGUCUUUGAAGGACAGAAUCGUAUUCAUCUUGAAAUCAAGCAGCUGAACCGACAGUUAGAUAUGAUUCUUGAUGAACAGAGGAGAUAUGUCUCUUCCUUGACAGAGGAAAUCUCUAAAAGAGCAGUAGGUGUCCCGGGGCAGCAUGGACAGAUCACUCAGCAAGAAGUGGAUACUGUUGUGAAAACUCAGCAUGAGAUUCUGAGACAAGUAAAUGAAAUGAAGAAUUCCAUGAGUGAAACUGUUAGACUGGUCAGUGGAAUACAGCAUCCUGGCUCUGUAGGAGGAGUCUAUGAGACAACACAGCACUUCAAUGACAUCAAAGAGCACCUGCACAUAGUAAAGAGGGAUAUCGAUAACUUAGUGCAGAGAAAUAUGCCAUCAAAUGAAAAACCGAAAUGCCCAGAACUACCACCAUUUCCGUCAUGUUUAUCCACGAUCCACUUUGUUAUAUUUGUAGUGGUACAAACGGUGUUAUUCAUUGGUUAUAUCAUGUACAGGACUCAGCAAGAAGCAGCUGCCAAAAAAUUCUUUUGACCACCAUUUUCAUAUGUGUACAUCAUAGACAUCAUCAUCACAGACUUUACUCUUAUUCCAUGAAAAAAACUUAAUACCCUCAGAAGAAUGUUUAAGUUGUAGACUAUGAAAUUUGGGAAAUCCUUUUGAGAUAAAAGGCUGCCAAAUCCAGUAUUAUAAAGUCCAUGGUCACAUGUGCCUGAACAUUAAAGGAAUACCAGAUCUAUGCAGUACACAUUUUUCAGGCUAAAAUUCAAGGGUAAUCAUUCUGGCCAUUCCUAAUACAAGUGGAGACGGCUAUUAAAAAGAGCAUGAACAUGAAUCUUCUUUCUUUUUUACUUAGUAAUUUAAUUUGCUUGAAAAUCACUCAGUAAAGCAGUUCACACAAGUGUUUAUCAUAUUAUUUAAGUUGAGUUUGUUUUCUUCAAAAUCAUUGACUUUAAGUAGCUCAUUUCUGAACAAAAAUGUUUGUUUUGUGGAAAAAUCAGUCACUGCCAGGAUUCUUUCAUUUCUGUGCUAUUUUGUAUAAUUGAAUUUGUUCACUUCUCUCACACCAGCAAGUAUUUUAUAGGUGCCUUGGAUUAAAACAAAAUUGAUUUAAAAA